AUGGACACUCCAACGCCCUAUUCGGCUCAUUCUUCGCAGCAGAGCCGAAGCAGCUUCUAUUCGCAGGCUGCUCCAUCAUCCACGCUCACCUAUAGUCGCGAGGAUGCUGAGGAGCAACAGCAUCAAACCCUCCUCCGUCAGGAUUCCUCCAGUCCUUAUGCCGCCUCGUACGACGAUCCAAAUACCUCGACCGAUUCCCUCCGACGAUACACCCUGCAGGAUCCAGGCGUUUCCGCAGCUACUCCGCCGCACCUGGAGUCUGAGAGUGCAGAAGUAUGCAGCGCGCGCAUGUCCCGAAUUUCGGAUCAGAGUGGGAUGGAAUUGGAUACAUGGCAGAAGCGACAGGGGACCAAGCCGAGCGCUCUGCGGCGCUACGGAACGAGAAAGAUUAAUCUCGUGCAAGGCUCGGUGUUGAGCAUCGAUUACCCCGUCCCGAGUGCAAUCCAAAACGCAAUCCAGGCGGAGUACCGAGAUGCGGAGGAAGCUUUUCACGAAGAGUUUACCCACAUGCGGUAUACGGCUGCCACCUGUGAUCCAGAUGAAUUCACACUGCGCAAUGGCUACAACCUCCGCCCCGCCAUGUACAACAGGCACACAGAACUUCUGAUCGCCAUUACGUACUACAACGAGGACAAAGUAUUGACAGCGCGCACCCUUCACGGAGUGAUGCAGAACGUUCGAGACAUCGUCAAGUUAAAAAAGUCGGAGUUUUGGAACAAGGGAGGACCGGCGUGGCAGAAGAUUGUGGUAUGUCUAGUGUUUGAUGGGAUUGAGCCCUGCGAUAAGAAUACUCUCGAUCUCCUGGCCACAAUUGGGGUGUACCAGGACGGAGUGAUGAAGAAGGAUGUCGAUGGACGUGAGACUGUCGCUCAUAUUUUUGAAUAUACCACUCAACUGUCCGUUACAGCCACUCAGCAGCUGGUUCGGCCCCAGCCCAACGACCCUCAGAAUCUGCCCCCAGUUCAGAUGAUCUUCUGUCUCAAGCAGAAGAACAGCAAGAAGAUCAAUUCCCACCGUUGGCUGUUUAACGCGUUCAGUCGGCUCCUGAAUCCAGAGGUCUGCAUCUUGUUGGAUGCCGGCACCAAACCAGGCAACAAAUCUCUGCUCGCGCUGUGGGAGGCUUUCUAUAAUGAUGUGACUUUAGGAGGUGCAUGCGGCGAGAUUCAUGCCAUGUUAGGUAGUGGAUGGCGGAAGGUGCUGAAUCCUCUGGUGGCGGCCCAGAAUUUUGAGUAUAAAAUCUCUAAUAUUCUCGAUAAACCGCUGGAAAGUGCAUUCGGAUAUGUCAGUGUGCUUCCGGGCGCUUUUUCAGCAUAUCGCUACCGAGCCAUCAUGGGCCGACCUUUGGAGCAAUAUUUUCACGGUGAUCACACCCUGUCCAAGCGAUUAGGGAAGAAGGGGAUCGAGGGAAUGAAUAUCUUCAAGAAGAACAUGUUCCUGGCUGAGGAUCGCAUUCUAUGCUUUGAACUGGUCGCAAAGGCCGGUUUUAAAUGGCAUCUCACAUACGUCAAGGCUUCAAAGGGCGAGACUGAUGUCCCCGAGGCAGCACCCGAAUUCAUCAGUCAGCGACGACGAUGGCUGAAUGGCUCCUUUGCUGCAAGCUUGUAUGCCAUCAUGCAUUUCAAUCGCAUCUAUAAGAGCGGUCACAGUUGGAUACGGAUGAUUUUCUUGCAUCUCCAGAUGAUUUACAACUGCUGUCAGCUCCUUAUGACUUGGUUUUCUCUGGCGUCCUACUGGCUCACCAGCUCCGUCAUCAUGGAUCUCGUCGGGACACCGAGCGCCAACAACAAAUACAAAGGUUGGCCCUUUGGCAAUGAGGCCUCCCCUAUCCUCAACUUCUUCGUUAAAUACGGUUAUCUUCUGUUUUUGAUGCUGCAAUUCGUGCUUGCGUUGGGUAAUCGGCCCAAAGGGACCAAAAUCGCCUACACCAUCUCCUUCCUUUAUUUCUCGCUGGUGCAAUUCUACGUGCUGAUUUUAUCCUUUUAUCUGGUCGCCAGCGCUUUUACUGGUGGUAUGAUGGAUUUCAACUUUGAUGACGGCGUCGGGGGCUUUCUCCGGUCAUUCUUCAGCUCAAGCGGGGGAGGCAUUGUUCUGAUCGCACUGGUAUCCACUUAUGGCAUCUAUGUCGUCGCCAGUAUCCUCUACAUGGACCCGUGGCACAUACUGACCAGUUCCUGGGCGUACUUUAUCGGCAUGACCACCUCGAUCAACAUUCUGAUGGUAUAUGCCUUUUGCAACUGGCAUGAUGUCUCCUGGGGAACAAAGGGGUCGGAUACGGCAGAUGCAUUGCCCUCGGCGCAGACAAAGAAAGCAGACGACAGCAAGAACAAUUUCAUUGAAGAGGUCAACAAGCCGCAGGCGGAUAUCGACAGUCAAUUCGAGGCGACGGUCAAGCGGGCGCUGGCACCAUUUCAGGAGCCCAAGGACGACUCGACCAUCAGCUUGGACGACUCGUAUCGGAACUUCCGGACUAACUUGGUGCUGGUUUGGAUUCUGAGUAACCUGCUGGUCGUGUUGUUGAUCACUAGUGACGGCAUCCAGAAGAUGUGUCUGACGAACACAUCCACCACACGGACCUCGUGGUAUUUCUCGGUGAUUCUGUGGUCAACAGCUGGCCUGUCCAUCUUCCGAUUCAUCGGGUCUCUGUAUUUCCUAGCCAAGUCGGGCAUCCUGUGCUGUGUAGCGAAACGGUGA